CAGUUGAUGUAUAAAUACUGUGAAGAUGACCAAUAAGCAGCUGCUAUCACAACACAUUCUGUUGUAAUGAUGGAGUGUGUUAAAGAGGAGACUGAUCCUGAAUCAUUCACAAUAACACCUCAACAUACUCAACAACAAACAGGCAUGACGGUAGUGAAAGAGGAAGAUCAACAACAAAAUGAAAUGAAGGAUGAACAUCAGCAACACAAUUUCAUAAGUGAAGAAAAUUCAUUCAGUUGCUCACAAACUGUUGAGAAUGCACAUCAAGAAAAAGCAGAAACCAAAAUCUCAAAGAGUUUUCCACAGAGAGGACAUUUAAAUGUUCACAUAAAGUCUCACACAGGAGAUAUGCCAUACACCUGUUCUCAGUGUGGAAAAUGUUUUCAACGAAAACGAAAUCUUAAUGUUCACUUAAAGUCUCACACUUCAGAAAGGCCAUACAGCUGCCCUCAGUGUGGUAAAUGUUUUAAACAAAGACGAAAUCUUAAGGUUCACCUAAAUUCUCACACUACAGAAAGGCCAUACACCUGCCCUCAGUGUGGUAAAUAUUUUAAAAACAAAGGAAAUUUUAAUGUUCACAUAAAGUCUCACAUUGAAGAAAGGCCGUACAGCUGCCAUCAGUGUGGAAAGGCUUACAAACAUAACAGAUGCCUUAAGGAACAUCUGGUCAGUCACGGAGAUGAGAGACCCUUUGUAUGCCCUCAGUGCGAUAAGACUUGCGUAAGUAAAAACAACCUUAAGGAACAUUUAGUAAGUCACAGUGUUGAGAGACCCUUUGAAUGCCCUCAGUGUGGUAAAUGUUUUAAACGACAAGGAGCUCUUAAAUCUCACUUAAAGAUUCACAGUGGAGAAAGGCCAUACAGCUGCCCUCAGUGUGGAAAGAAUUACAAACAUAAAUUCCACCUUAACAAACAUCUAGUCAGUCACAGAGAUGUGAUGCCCGUUAUGUUCCCUCAGUGCGAUAAGAGUUUUUUAAGAAAGCAAUAUCUUUCUAAUCACAUAAAGCCACACACAUGUCCUCACUGCGGGAAGAGUUAUACAUCAAAAGCAGAUCUUGAGAAUCACAUACGAGUUCACUCUGGAGAAAAACCUUUCACGUGCCCGCAGUGUGACAAGAGUUUUACACAAAGAAGAGCUCUUAGGCAACACAUACAAAUUCAUACAGGUGAGAAGCCUUGCCAUCGUGCCAUCUCAUGCCAUCUAUGUGGUAAGAGUUACGCACAUAAACGAAGUCUCAAAUAUCAUCUGCUGUUUCACUCCAAUGAAAGGCCGUUUACCUGCGAUCAGUGCUAUAAAAAGUUUGUUUCAGCUGCACAUCUAAAGAAACACCAGAAGACACAUAAAACGUAAAAAGUUGUGACUUAUUGUGUGGAAAUGACUUUCUGAGAGCCGGAGACCUGGAGCGGGACCAAAAGAUCCAUUCUGGAGAAAAUCCCUAAAGUGCCCACAAUGACUACGUUUACAUAAUUCAAUUAUAAUGGGAUUUUGGCAAUAUACGUUACCUCUGGUAAAAACAACACUUUGAUAAAAAAUAAUGCGAUUAAGCGCAUAAUCGCAGCACACAUAAUCGUAUUAAAAAUGGUGGCAUACACCGUUUUUUUUAAUCGUAGUAUGUGGCCAUGUAAACGCUUGUAUUUGGGUCAUUCUACAAAAAAGGUGGAAAUGCUUGUCCCUUGCUUUUGUAGACCCCUUAAUCAUUUAAUGUGACCCAAUAAUCCCAUAAUGAUAUAUAUUUAAUAAAUAUAGACUGUCCUUAAAAUGAUGAGAGAGUUUAUUUAUAUGAAUUUUUUGUCCUGUAAAUUGCCCGGUCCCUUUGAUCAUACAUGGAAGUUGAACUGUGUACUUCUUAUUUAAAACCAUGUUUUUUAUAAAACAAAACAAAUCUAAUUUACAUUUACCUUUAACCCUGUAUGAAUUUACUACAACACUGAAAUGGUAAAAAACACUGUUAAUAUGAGUAAUAUCAAGUAAAUAUUUGUCCACCAAAUUUAUGUAAUUGGUCUUACCCUACCCAAAGCACUUUUAUUUUGAAACAAUGCAUCAGCUCUUUGAAGUUUUUCAUGGGUCAAGAGGUCAGUGGAAAAAGUGCCAUGGAGGAAGGCAAAAGGUUUUUGAGAUGUCUUACCUUAUUUGUCUAAAAUAUCAUGAUAUAUCUAAGAAUUUUGAGAUAAGGUUUUUUGGAUGUCAUUACUCUUUUUAUAUCUGGGAGUGUUAAGAUCUUUACAUAAAAAUAAAUACAUUAUACUGAAUAAGUAUGUGAUUGUUACAUCUCUGAUGAAAUGGCUUUUAUAAAGCGCAUGGCUAAUGGCAGCCAUUUUGUUAAAAUAUUAGUUUUUUUUCUGUAAAUUGUCAUUGGUGUUACCGUCAUUGGUAUUACUUCUCUAAUGAGUACUCCUAAGCACUAUUUCUUAAACUGACCAACAUAAAAGCAUAAAAACAAAACAAGAUGGAACAAGUUUUAUCAUAUUCAUUAUCUAUUAUUAUAUUCACAUUGUGUCAUUGGUGUUAAACCAAGUUUUGACGUUAGGAAUGUAUUUUCUUUUACUUUCUAGUAAUAUUUUGUUGUUGAUAUGGGAUGUAAGACAUUGUUGAUAUUUCAGUCUUUGCAUCAAAGCCUUUUUGGUUGAAUAUUUUUGUUUUUGUUGGUUUUAAAGAAAAAGUCAAAUAAUUUCAUACACUGCUGGGUAAAGAUGAAGAAUUUAAUUAAACAAAUAUUAAAAAUCAAUUAUUUUUCUUGCUGUUAUCAUUCCUCUACUCAACCUUUAACUAAAAACACAAGUUGUAAUGAGAAAAAAAUAUCUAGUAUCAACAUUAAUGUUGUUUAAAUAACAGGUAACACCAAUGACAAAUACAUUACUCAUGGAUUCUUUAUUAAAAUGUAUUAAAAAGUUUAAAAUAGAUUAAGCUCCUUGUUUUGCGGAUUCAUUUGUCAAGUUAAUUAAUGCUAUUAAAGAAGUUUUGGGUAUGUUGAAAGAAGUUCGUUUAAGCAGAUUUCCAUCACCCGAAUUCCAACUUUUCUGUAGAAUGACCCAUUUAUACCACACUAACUGAAGUGUGCGUUUGUUUUAGUCACACACCUUAAGCGC